AUGGCAGGCACAGAAAAUACAAACCUUCGAGUAGUUAAUUACUUGGUUUGGCCCAUUUUUUCUUUAUUCUUGGUCCUACAUAUCUUAUCUCUGUUUAGAAAAGAGAACAGAAACCUCUUCAGUAUGACAAUACUCAUCAGCUUGAUAGUGUCAGUUUCAAUUAGAAUUAUCCUUACUAUUGCAUAUCUUUUCGUUUUUGAGAUAUUGGACUUGAAAGGAAACAUUUAUCAGCAAAUAUUCUUUGAGAUUCCUUACUAUUGCUACAUUAUUGUGAGCUAUGCUGUGCUCUUUUGCUGGUAUUUGAGUUUCCCCAUUAAUUUAUUAAAGGGCUUAAAUCUACCUGUACUGGUGGUUGCAAUUACUACUCUAGGUUGUGAUACUAUUUUUGUUAUUAUUGGUGCCAAAGAUCAUUAGCUAGGAUAUAUUUUAUUCUCUAUAUUCUGGGUCUUCUCUUCCAUUCUAUUUCUGUUACAAAUUUUAUUGCUCAUUCUUGAAGUGGUGUUUUAUGUGCUUUUAACAAGAUACUUCCUCAAAAAGACUAAUAAAGCCAGACAGUCCCUCCUCUGGAGAGAAACUGCAGAAAAUAGAGUUGACAUAUGCUCCUACCCUAAGGCUUUUGAUCAGGCCAUAUCAGAUACAUAUUAGAAAAACAAGGUUACGUUCCAUUUGUUCUUUGCUAUCUACAUUUUAUCACUUGCAUUAAGAAUGGGAUUCUACAUUGAUUUGAGAGUUGAGUCUAGCUCCGUUUAAAAUGAUGUUUAUAUCUGGGAAGCAAUAUCACCAGAUGACCACUACUUCUUUUACAUUGACGAGAUAAUUUAAAACAUCAUACUCACUUCUUAUUUUUGCUACACUAAUGGUAUCAAUAAUAAGAUAAACAGAAACAAUGAUUCCUAAUAAAGUCAAUCAUAGCAAGAGGAUAACUAAUUCUAAGAUUUUUCCAAUUAAUAGUAGUAGCAAAGAAAUACAAUUUAUGAAUAGCCAGAAGAUGAAAAUAGUAGCUAUGGUGAGGAGAACAAUUUCGAUCCCAAAUAAAGAAGUCAAUAACUGCUAUCUAUUGAAAGAGGAACUUAUCAAGAAGAGGGUUAUCUCAGGUCAGGUGAUGGUAGCUGA